AUGUCCAAUUCGGAUUACUUUAGUCAUAAACCAGCAGAUAGUACUGGCACUCCUGGUACUGGUACUGGUACUGGUACUGGUGGUGGUACUGGCACUGGCACUGGCACUGGUACUGGCUCGCGGAGGUUGGCGAAGGAGUAUUUGCCUGCGCGGUCGAGGUCCUCGAGUUCAGAUGCCAGAAACCCGUACAUGUACCACUACAACCCUCGGGACGCUGCCGGUGCUGCUGGUGCUGUUACUGGCAGUGGCAGUGGCAGCAAUGUGGGCACGCCGCCAGGGUUCCACACCACGUCGCCGCAGUCCGGGUACAUGAGCUCGAGGAUUGGUGGACCGGAGAGUCUCAUGCAGCACCAUACGGGGUUGACGUUCGACUCGAUGAUGCAGAACCCGGUGCUGAGUAUGGGCCCUCUGAGUCCCGGCAUUUCCCCACUCACUAACUUGAACGCAUUCGGCAAGAACUCCACAGGCGUGCCAAAACAGCCUUCCAGCGGCAACAACACAAUCUCUUUUGCGCCGGUGCCAAGCCCUACUAGCACAUCGGCUAGGUCUAGUCGAAGGGCCUCCGUGGUCAGCAACUCCAGCCAAGGUAUACACUCCUUGCCAAAGAUAGCAACACAGAUACACCAGGGACAAGGACAACAAGUACAGCAACAAUCGCCUAAUAAGAAACCAUACAAGAUUUACAAUUCACAGGACGGGAACCCAAGUAUCACAAAUACAGCUAGCAAGAUAAGGACCAGCUCAAUUGCGAUGGAUUCUUCCACUUCAACAAUUACCACACCCACACUGGUAAUCUCACCAGAUAUGGCAGCAGGAAGCUUACCAAGUAACCUAGGCUCUACUCCUUCAGAAUCCACUUUGAAACACUCAUCCGGUAAGCACAGCGCCAUGGCUACUCCUGGUGGUACAGCAAGCAACGCUGUGAACAUGGGCUCCGUCGGAAGUCUUCAAGACAUGGCAACGCCAGGCGCGUCAACAAGAUCCGCAACGAUACAGAACGGAAGUACAGCAAGCCUAAGAACGUUUAAGAAACAGUAUGUGCUCAAUGAACAACUCUACUUGGAGAAAAUGAGGCGCAAUGUACCAGAUGAUUAUUACACUAGAGGGAUCGGCCCCACAUCGGUAACAGACGAGGACGAAGAAUUCGAUAUAGAAAUGGACGAGGUAUUCGAUCAAUCAGGUUCAAACAAUAAACUCUCAGAACUGGAUGGUAAUGUGGAUAUACAAGACGAUGUAGAUUUUGGGACUAAAUUCAUAAACCCCGAUGCUGAUAGGAACGAAAACUUAGUGGCAUUAAGCUCAAGGUUUCUAUCCAGAAAGUUAGACUGGGCUUUCCCCUCCAAAAAGGUACGAGAAGACCAAUCUAGUUCUACUCCUACAGAAAGCAGAAGAUCUCCUGCUGAUAUUAAUGAUGGAAAUAAUAACAACAUUAACAAUAAUAUCAAUAACAAUACCAACGAUAAUAAUAAUACUAAUAGCAAUAGAAAUAAUAGCAAUAAUAAUAAUAACAACAACAACAACAACAACAACAACAACAACAACAAAGAUAGUAACGGUACUAGCAAUACUGCUAUCACUACAACUUCCACAACUAAUAACUCAGCAGACGUUACACCAAGAAAAUCGACACCAAACAACUCUGUAUCAGAUACACCAGCGCCUCAGGAAAAUUUAUCUGCAAAUGAACAUUUCAUAUCACAGUUAUUACAGGAUCCAGCAGUGGUGAAGAGAUUUGAAUGGCAAACAAUGCUUGCAAAUGUUCUUAAAGGUGAUAUUGUUAAAAGUGAGAAGACAAAGAUAGCUAAAGAAGUUAAAGGACCAGGGUUUACAACACAAUACUCGGACGACAUAUGGCUGGAGUUAAAAGCAUGGAUGAAUGGUAGAAAUGUAGAUGACCAGAAAAAAUCUUUGAAAUUGUUAAGAGAAUCUGCGGAUGAAGUUUUCCAAAGAGUGCUAGAUUUUAGAUUACCAGAUGGUUUGACGUCAGAUGAAGGCGAAGUGGAAAUUGCAAAAUUAAUGAACAAGUAUUACCGUGUGAUAAAACUAUGGAGUAACAUGAAAAGACUAUACCAAGAUAAGCCAAUUGCAAAGACAGAAGCAUUUAGAAAUAGAAUUGACACCCUUGAUAGCUGGUUGAAUUUCAAGAGAAACUUUGAAGAGAAAAUACAUUAUAUCAGAAAUUGGGUUGUAGGCACCAAGGACCCUGAGACUCAAGUUGUCGUUGAUAUCAACGAUGAUGAUGCAAUCUUCCGUCAUUACGCUCACGAAUUCGCAGACCAAAUGAUUAAGGAAAAGGAUAUAGAGGCCAUUUUCCAAAAGAGAAUUUUUUUCCCACUGGCGCCUUGGAUACUGAAAGCAAAACUAUUUUUCUUAAAGAAUAGAGAUACGUUGAAUGAGUUGAAUCUAAUGUAUUUGAACGAUCAAUUGGAAAUGUUAUUAAUGUUCCCCAUGAGACUAGUAAAAGAUAUCAUCCAACUACGUUUAUCCUAUGCCAAGAAGUUACAGAAACCAACAAUGAUGAUGAUUGAUCAAAUGAUCGAUGAUUUUAACUCGUAUAUCCGAGUAGCUGUACAGAUGAAGUUCACAGUCAUAAGUUAUUGUCAAGGUUGGCAAUUUACUGUUAAUAUCGAUCCACAAUUUGAUGAUACAGUCGUGGAGGCCAUAAGACACCUGUUCAUCCUUCUAGAAUUAAAACUCCUCGAUGGUGGUGGUAAAUCUACGAAUGCAUUCAAAGAACCAGAUAUCCUAUUGAAGUAUUGGGACGGUUUGAAAAACUGUGGACAUUAUAUCGACGGUGCAGGUAAAGUUAUAGCCAUUGAGUUUACUAAAUUGACAUUAAGAUUGGUGCAUAGGUUGCAUUCUUACUUGUUACAACAACAAAAUUCCCCACCAAAAUUGACUAACGAAGCAGAGGCGGAGAAAUGGCUAGUACAACUAUUUGAAACACUGGGAUCAAUGAAACGUAAACUUAAUAGGUUCACCAAUGUGUUGAUGAAGGCUUUCCAAAACUCAGUCACUUAUAGAAUCGACGAUCAUGCUCAAUUGAUGAACGGCUUGAAAGAUACAGGCCAUUUUCUCGUCUACACUGGGGGCAAAUUGGAAAAGCAAGGUAUUUAUCUGAUUGCAAGUCCAGAGUUAUUGGGCUGUCCUGAAAAUGAGAUUUUGAAGGUAUUGUACAACAGUGACAGUGGUUGUGAUUUGAUCCCUAAAUUGGAGAUUGAAAAUAGUUUAACACUAUACAAUGCUGUUGCAGAGAAAUGGGAUCUGAGUACAUCGAUUGUUCAAGGAGUUGGGAAGGAUGGGCUGCCCAGGUAUUAUCUGCAAAACGGUAAUGUCGAUGCCCAAUUCAGACCACCAAAUUUAAACUCAGGGAAAUCGCAUGUGGCAGAGAUGUAUAACGAUGAUAGAGACCCAGAUGCUGAUAUUUUGGAACUUGAAAUGAAACUGAACUCCCUGGGUUAUAUUCUAGUAUUGUGUCCUCAAGAACCAAUGUUAUGGUCUGGUGAAGUAUUCAAUUUAAGUGAGUUUACCACGGAAGAAAUAAAUGAUCUUGAUUUUAAGACUCGUCCUGAUACCAUUAAAUUGAUGUGUCAAAGUUCUAGUUAUGCUCUUGAAUAUCAAUGCGAUCGAUUCUUACAAUCAGCUUCAGACUGUGUCACAUUUUUGGAGAAAAGAUGUUCAUUUGAAGUUGUGGAGAAUAAUUUGCAAAAAUUGAAUAAGGCGUAUUUCAGGUGCACAUACAGUGUCCUGAAAAAUUAUCAUAAGAUUGUAAAGACGUUCAAGAAAGUUUGCCCUAAUAAUGAUCUCCUGAACGGUAUAUUUUUAUUUGCAAGAGACUUUGGUUUAAAUUUCUUACGUAUUAAUGUUGCCAGUAAUGAGAAAAAAUCUUUGAUAAUAUUGCUAUUGGUACGUCUCAGUGUUGGUUGGCUUCAAUUUUUAUCAGUGGAUUGUGAUCCAACUGAUCCCAGAACUUUUAGAUGGUGUGUUACUGCAAUGGAAUUUGCAAUGCAUAUGACAAGCGGAUGGAAUAUAUUGGCACUUGAUGAAAACCAAUUCUCAUCUUUGAAACAUAAGAUUUCUGCUUGUAUGUCUCUCUUAAUUUCUCAUUUCGAUGUUAUGGGUGCAAGAGCUGUUGAAUUGGAGAAGAAUAGCCAACAACCUAGACCAAAUAUAAAUAUCGAAGAUGUUUUCGACGAUGAUUCUAUGCUACAAAAGAAUUCUGAACUACGUAUGCAAAGUAUUAAAGCACUUGAAGAAAAUGUCACUAGAGGUACUCAUAGAAUAGGUAAAGUUCUUGACGAUACAGAUAAAGGAAACAAGUACAUUUCUUCCUUGGCAUCUUCUAUAUCCAACGUCUCUAUUAGAUGGCAAAAGAGAAACUUCAUCGGCGGAGGAACUUUUGGAUCAGUCUAUUCUGCUGUCGAUUUGGACAAUGGUGAAAUUUUGGCUGUGAAAGAGAUUAGAAUCCAGGACAGUAAAGCAAUGGAGAAGGUAUUUCCAUCUAUAAAGGAAGAGAUGAACGUAUUAGAAAUGCUAAACCAUCCAAAUAUUGUGCAAUACUACGGUGUUGAAGUGCAUCGUGAUAAAGUCAAUAUAUUUAUGGAAUAUUGUGAAGGUGGCUCUAUGGCUAGUUUAUUGGAGCACGGAAGAAUCGAAGACGAGAUGGUCACCCAAGUGUACACUUUGGAACUAUUAGAAGGUUUGGCCUACUUGCACGAGUCAGGAAUUGUUCAUAGAGAUAUUAAGCCUGAAAAUAUUCUUCUUGACUUCAAUGGUAUUGUGAAGUACGUUGACUUUGGUGCCGCCAGAAAAAUAUCCAAGAAAGGUACUAAACGCACGAAGAUGCCUGGAGCAGAUAAUGAUAUGAAGGAGGACAAGAUUGUUCCUGAUAGUACAGGAUUAAAUGAUCUGAUAGGUACUCCUAUGUAUAUGGCUCCAGAGUCCAUCACUGGCUCUACAAAUAAAGGCCAUUUGGGUUCUGAUGACAUUUGGUCUCUUGGUUGA